GUCUCUGUCGUAAAUGACGGUUUUGCAAAAGAAACUAAAGAAAGAUGCGUCAUUUGUCCCUGAACUCAGCUGGUACUUGGGGUAUGUUCGAAGAUGAAUAUAAAAUAAGAAGACGUUCACGAAUCUUUAGAUCGUGUUUUAAUUUAGUAUUACUGUGGAUUCUGUACGACUUUUGGUAGCCAAUAGCACCAACUGAUUAUCUAGAAAAUGCAUGCAAAAAAACGUGUAAACACUUUUGGAUAAUUGGGUACGCAAAAUCUCUGCGUUUUCUCUAAAAACGGGUAAAAAUGUUCGAAAUCAUUUUACCCACCAGGGGGCGCAAUAAACCUUUCCAAACAUAACACAAGGUAGUCAUUUCCGAGACUAAUAAGACACAGCACUUCGGCACUAUUUAAGUGCCCGGCAGUUUUAGGAUUGGUGUUGUUUAAUUAUAUUAGAAUUUUGUAUUUUCGUGGAAAAACAGGCGUUGUGACUUCAAUAACUCCUUUGUUGAAAUGUAAGGCAGCCUGGUUUAUCAAUGUAUGUGUUCCAUGUACGUGUGGUAAAUAAACACAGGAGUGCACAGCCUUUAGUGACAUUGCAGUCAAGGAAUGUUUUCACAAUGGAUAUUCACUUCUCUUUUUCUCUUUAUUUUACAAGCAGGAAUGAGAAUCCGGCAUGCAUUUUCAGCCCUCUUACAGGCACAUAUUGAUUCGAUGUGAAGCCGUGCUUCACUGCUGUGCUGCGAAAACUCCAUCCGUGUGGAGAUGAAGGGGGUGCAGCAGGCUCCCCUGGGGGCUCUGGUGCAGGUGGCGGAGGCUCUCGAAGAUGUCGUCCGCCGGUGUGUGGGCCCCCGUGGAGGACAGGUGUUCUUCACGAAGGACACGGGGGAGGUGCUGAUCACCCGCGAGGGGAGGCGGAUCCUCACAGCUCUUCAGCUGGAUCACCCGGUGGCCAGGGCACUGGUAGGUUGUGUAUCGGCACACUGCAUCGCCACUGGAGACGGUGCCAAGUCUUUCAUCCUGCUGCUGGCAGCGCUCAUCCGCGGAAUCCGGGCCACCCGUGUCUCCCCUGUCGCCGGCUGGUGUCCGUCGGGACAGACUGACUCGUGCGGGCGUCUGGAGGCCCGUCGGGCUGCUCGCCAGCUUCUCUCCUUUCAGACGCAGGUUCUGGAUGCUGUCGUGAAGGAGCACGUCGUCCCACAUGCGACCUCCUUGUUUUCCCACACCAGCCCCGCAGAGGCCAGGCGGGCCCUGAGGCUGCUCCUGGAGGCCUUCUUCCGAGGGCGGGCAGGGCAGGUCCACUGCGGGCCAUUGGCCGAGAUGGCCUGCGACUUCUACCACAGGUGGAACUGUGAGCGGGACAGGCUCGGCACACUGAGAAUGAUCCGCGAUCACUUCCCGGAACUUCACACGUCGGUGACGGGUUUCCCGACCAGCAAGUCGCGAAUUCUGCAAGGGCUGGUUCUGCACAGGGAUUUGACUGUGUACUGUCCCACGGAGGGGCCCAUGAAAGCCGUGGUGCUCAACGAGGCCCUACAGCCGCUCCUGACGGAAGCUGACAGCACCCUGAUUAUCAGUUCCAGCCACCAGUUUCAGGGCUGGGGUAGCUGGGUUGCCGGCCGAGUGGAGCAAAACGUGGCUUCCUUGCAACAUUUGCAGGUGAGGCUCCUGCUGUCUGCCGUGAAGCAGUCGGAUCUAGUACUCUACCACGCCAAGAAGGCCGGAAUGUCUGUGGUCGAGUGUCUCGACAUGGAGGAGCUCUCUCUCUUUUGUCACCUCAGUGGAGUCCUGCCUUUGACAGACUUGGGAGACCUGAAGGCCCACAUUGCCUCAGUGACCUUCUGCCAGCCUGUGGUGCUGGGCUCUCGCAGGUAUACGCAUGUUGGGAUCCCGGAGGGGCGGGACUUCCUCCCCCAUUGCCUGGUCCUCUGCGGGCCCACGGAGAGUCUGACGAAUCAGUGCGUUUCGGCAUUCGGUGACGCCAUCAGGGUGAUUCAGCGGGUUUGCGAGCCUGUCCGCUGUCAGUCCUGGCACAUGGGGAAAAGGGACAACAUAACCUCAGCUUCCAGUCUAGAGAAAAGCCCAAGCUCACAGAAUGAGAUUGAGAUGGGUGCCAUGAAGAUCACAGCUGGCAUUUCUCAGGAUAUUCCGGGAGUCCUGAAAGAUUCGUGUAUGUGCCUGGAAUGGCCAACACAUGCCACAAACAGAGAGAACAUUUUAGUGGAAAACUGUUAUACGCCGGAUCUAAAUACCUCUAUUCAAGGACAUGACUCUGCAGAAACUACAGUGGAAGGAGGUCAAAAGAUCUCAGACAUGACAGCCUCAGUCAAGGAAAAUCUAUUCUACUCAAACACUUUAAUAGAGCCAGGUGCCGUGUUACCAGCAGGGGGAGCUUUUGAGUUUCUGCUACACCAUUACCUCCUGAAGUACACCUCCCUCACACACUGCCCUGAUACCCAGGCAGCCUGCAGGCUGGUGGCUGAGGCUCUCCUGAGCGUGCCCAGGCAGGUCUAUGCGCAAAGCGGCACGGCCGGUCACUUCCUGAAGGUCUACACCAGCUUUGUGUCCGGGAUUCAGAGCAGAGAGUCGGUGAAGCCUGUCAGCCUGGGCCCCAAGGGACUCGAGUCAGUGGCCUGUAAAUAUGAUCUUCUGGUCUCCGUGCUGCAGUGCCUGGGACGGCUGCUGUCUGUGGACGCCAUCAUUCAUACGACCACGCUGCGUGUAGCGGACAAAGCCAGGGAGGAAGACGUGGAUGAGGAUGUUCUAAGUGUUCGUUCAUACUCCUAGGCUGUGUCAGCACUGGGCUUCUCCAGGUGUAUAAAAUGCUCUAUUUAUAUUUAUGGGUUCGGCCCCUCUCUAAGAUCUACAGCCACUGUGGACUAAUGGAGCCUAAAUGAAUAAUUCUGAGUUGGAACGCCAAUGUGGCUUGUUCAGUAUGUACUGUGAUUGUCAUCUUCUGAUGUUAUAUAGUGGCUGCAGCUUCACUUAAAAUCGUGGCUCUAAUUAAAUUCGCUUUUAUCCAAA